AUGGAUAUACAGGACACAAAUGGUACCACAAGCUUCCAUGGUAUCAGGAAAGAUGUGACUGCUGAAGAGUUGCUUAAAUGUAAAAUCAUUGAUCAGAAACAGUAUGAAGAUCUCAGGACUGGAAAAGUUACAAUCCAAAGUUUAAGUGAAAUUGACUCAGUUCAUACAUACCUACAGGGAACAAACAGCAUUGCAGGUGUAUUUCUGCAGUCCAGCAAACAGGUCCUGAGCAUCUGUGAAGCAAAAUUGAAAGGUCUCUUGACUCCAGGGACUGCUCUUGUGUUGCUGGAAGCACAGGCUGCUACUGGGUUUAUGAUCGACCCAGUGACGAACAGGAAGCUGUCUGUGGAAGAGGCAGUGACCAGCGGUCUGGUUGGUGCCGAUUUGAAGCAGAAACUUCUAUCGGCGGAAAGGGGGGUCACAGGGUACACUGACCCCAACACAGGUGACACCAUCUCCUUGUUCCAGGCCUUACAGAAGGAGCUAAUUGUAAAGGAUCAUGGCAUUCGCCUUCUGGAAGCACAGAUUGCCACAGGAGGAAUCAUUGAUCCGGUAUUCAGCCAUCGCGUGCCUGUGGAAGUUGCCUACCAGCGAGGAUACUUUGAUGAGAAAAUGAAUCAGAUUCUCUUAGAUCCCAGCGAUGACACCAAAGGCUUCUUUGACCCCAACACUCAGGAGAACCUUACCUACUUGCAACUUGUGGAGCGAUGUGUUACUGACCCCAAAACUGGUCUUAGCUUACUAGUUAUUGUCCAAAAAGGAGAAGACUACUUCUUUUUUGAUGAAAAAACCAAAAAGCUUUUGAAGUCAACCAUCGCAACCAAAACAGAAGGAAAGACAAAUGGUCAAGGGCUGUCUGUCUGGGAAUUCCUGUAUUCCAAGCACAUCACUGAGGAAAAAAGGAGGGAGCUAGUGCGUCAGUAUUCCUCUGGAGAAAUCACAAUGGAGCAUCUUAUAAAGAUCAUAGUCACAAUUACAGAGGAGAAGACUUCCUGUACAAGUACAGCAAUUGCACGCACAAAUGGUACCACAAACUUCCAUGGUAUCAGGAAAGAUGUGACUGCUGAAGAGUUGCUUAAAUGUAAAAUCAUUGAUCAGAAACAGUAUGAAGAUCUCAGGACUGGAAAAGUUACAAUCCAAAGUUUAAGUGAAAUUGACUCAGUUCAUACAUACCUACAGGGAACAAACAGCAUUGCAGGUGUAUUUCUGCAGUCCAGCAAACAGGUCCUGAGCAUCUGUGAAGCAAAAUUGAAAGGUCUCUUGACUCCAGGGACUGCUCUUGUGUUGCUGGAAGCACAGGCUGCUACUGGGUUUAUGAUCGACCCAGUGACGAACAGGAAGCUGUCUGUGGAAGAGGCAGUGACCAGCGGUCUGGUUGGUGCCGAUUUGAAGCAGAAACUUCUAUCGGCGGAAAGGGGGGUCACAGGGUACACUGACCCCAACACAGGUGACACCAUCUCCUUGUUCCAGGCCUUACAGAAGGAGCUAAUUGUAAAGGAUCAUGGCAUUCGCCUUCUGGAAGCACAGAUUGCCACAGGAGGAAUCAUUGAUCCGGUAUUCAGCCAUCGCGUGCCUGUGGAAGUUGCCUACCAGCGAGGAUACUUUGAUGAGAAAAUGAAUCAGAUUCUCUUAGAUCCCAGCGAUGACACCAAAGGCUUCUUUGACCCCAACACUCAGGAGAACCUUACCUACUUGCAACUUGUGGAGCGAUGUGUUACUGACCCCAAAACUGGUCUUAGCUUACUAGUUAUUGUCCAAAAAGGAGAAGACUACUUCUUUUUUGAUGAAAAAACCAAAAAGCUUUUGAAGUCAACCAUCGCAACCAAAACAGAAGGAAAGACAAAUGGUCAAGGGCUGUCUGUCUGGGAAUUCCUGUAUUCCAAGCACAUCACUGAGGAAAAAAGGAGGGAGCUAGUGCGUCAGUAUUCCUCUGGAGAAAUCACAAUGGAGCAUCUUAUAAAGAUCAUAGUCACAAUUACAGAGGAGAAGACUUCCUGUACAAGUACAGCAAUUGCACGCACAAAUGGUACCACAAACUUCCAUGGUAUCAGGAAAGAUGUGACUGCUGAAGAGUUGCUUAAAUGUAAAAUCAUUGAUCAGAAACAGUAUGAAGAUCUCAGGACUGGAAAAGUUACAAUCCAAAGUUUAAGUGAAAUUGACUCAGUUCAUACAUACCUACAGGGAACAAACAGCAUUGCAGGUGUAUUUCUGCAGUCCAGCAAACAGGUCCUGAGCAUCUGUGAAGCAAAAUUGAAAGGUCUCUUGACUCCAGGGACUGCUCUUGUGUUGCUGGAAGCACAGGCUGCUACUGGGUUUAUGAUCGACCCAGUGACGAACAGGAAGCUGUCUGUGGAAGAGGCAGUGACCAGCGGUCUGGUUGGUGCCGAUUUGAAGCAGAAACUUCUAUCGGCGGAAAGGGGGGUCACAGGGUACAUUGACCCCAACACAGGUGACACUAUCUCCUUGUUCCAGGCCUUACAGAAGGAGCUAAUUGUAAAGGAUCAUGGCAUUCGCCUUCUGGAAGCACAGAUUGCCACAGGAGGAAUCAUUGAUCCGGUAUUCAGCCAUCGCGUGCCUGUGGAAGUUGCCUACCAGCGAGGAUACUUUGAUGAGAAAAUGAAUCAGAUUCUCUUAGAUCCCAGCGAUGACACCAAAGGCUUCUUUGACCCCAACACUCAGGAGAACCUUACCUACUUGCAACUUGUGGAGCGAUGUGUUACUGACCCCAAAACUGGUCUUAGCUUACUAGUUAUUGUCCAAAAAGGAGAAGACUACUUCUUUUUUGAUGAAAAAACCAAAAAGCUUUUGAAGUCAACCAUCGCAACCAAAACAGAAGGAAAGACAAAUGGUCAAGGGCUGUCUGUCUGGGAAUUCCUGUAUUCCAAGCACAUCACUGAGGAAAAAAGGAGGGAGCUAGUGCGUCAGUAUUCCUCUGGAGAAAUCACAAUGGAGCAUCUUAUAAAGAUCAUAGUCACAAUUACAGAGGAGAAGACUUCCUGUACAAGUACAGCAAUUGCACGCACAAAUGGUACCACAAACUUCCAUGGUAUCAGGAAAGAUGUGACUGCUGAAGAGUUGCUUAAAUGUAAAAUCAUUGAUCAGAAACAGUAUGAAGAUCUCAGGACUGGAAAAGUUACAAUCCAAAGUUUAAGUGAAAUUGACUCAGUUCAUACAUACCUACAGGGAACAAACAGCAUUGCAGGUGUAUUUCUGCAGUCCAGCAAACAGGUCCUGAGCAUCUGUGAAGCAAAAUUGAAAGGUCUCUUGACUCCAGGGACUGCUCUUGUGUUGCUGGAAGCACAGGCUGCUACUGGGUUUAUGAUCGACCCAGUGACGAACAGGAAGCUGUCUGUGGAAGAGGCAGUGACCAGCGGUCUGGUUGGUGCCGAUUUGAAGCAGAAACUUCUAUCGGCGGAAAGGGGGGUCACAGGGUACAUUGACCCCAACACAGGUGACACCAUCUCCUUGUUCCAGGCCUUACAGAAGGAGCUAAUUGUAAAGGAUCAUGGCAUUCGCCUUCUGGAAGCACAGAUUGCCACAGGAGGAAUCAUUGAUCCGGUAUUCAGCCAUCGCGUGCCUGUGGAAGUUGCCUACCAGCGAGGAUACUUUGAUGAGAAAAUGAAUCAGAUUCUCUUAGAUCCCAGCGAUGACACCAAAGGCUUCUUUGACCCCAACACUCAGGAGAACCUUACCUACUUGCAACUUGUGGAGCGAUGUGUUACUGACCCCAAAACUGGUCUUAGCUUACUAGUUAUUGUCCAAAAAGGAGAAGACUACUUCUUUUUUGAUGAAAAAACCAAAAAGCUUUUGAAGUCAACCAUCGCAACCAAAACAGAAGGAAAGACAAAUGGUCAAGGGCUGUCUGUCUGGGAAUUCCUGUAUUCCAAGCACAUCACUGAGGAAAAAAGGAGGGAGCUAGUGCGUCAGUAUUCCUCUGGAGAAAUCACAAUGGAGCAUCUUAUAAAGAUCAUAGUCACAAUUACAGAGGAGAAGACUUCCUGUACAAGUACAGCAAUUGCACGCACAAAUGGUACCACAAACUUCCAUGGUAUCAGGAAAGAUGUGACUGCUGAAGAGUUGCUUAAAUGUAAAAUCAUUGAUCAGAAACAGUAUGAAGAUCUCAGGACUGGAAAAGUUACAAUCCAAAGUUUAAGUGAAAUUGACUCAGUUCAUACAUACCUACAGGGAACAAACAGCAUUGCAGGUGUAUUUCUGCAGUCCAGCAAACAGGUCCUGAGCAUCUGUGAAGCAAAAUUGAAAGGUCUCUUGACUCCAGGGACUGCUCUUGUGUUGCUGGAAGCACAGGCUGCUACUGGGUUUAUGAUCGACCCAGUGACGAACAGGAAGCUGUCUGUGGAAGAGGCAGUGACCAGCGGUCUGGUUGGUGCCGAUUUGAAGCAGAAACUUCUAUCGGCGGAAAGGGGGGUCACAGGGUACAUUGACCCCAACACAGGUGACACUAUCUCCUUGUUCCAGGCCUUACAGAAGGAGCUAAUUGUAAAGGAUCAUGGCAUUCGCCUUCUGGAAGCACAGAUUGCCACAGGAGGAAUCAUUGAUCCGGUAUUCAGCCAUCGCGUGCCUGUGGAAGUUGCCUACCAGCGAGGAUACUUUGAUGAGAAAAUGAAUCAGAUUCUCUUAGAUCCCAGCGAUGACACCAAAGGCUUCUUUGACCCCAACACUCAGGAGAACCUUACCUACUUGCAACUUGUGGAGCGAUGUGUUACUGACCCCAAAACUGGUCUUAGCUUACUAGUUAUUGUCCAAAAAGGAGAAGACUACUUCUUUUUUGAUGAAAAAACCAAAAAGCUUUUGAAGUCAACCAUCGCAACCAAAACAGAAGGAAAGACAAAUGGUCAAGGGCUGUCUGUCUGGGAAUUCCUGUAUUCCAAGCACAUCACUGAGGAAAAAAGGAGGGAGCUAGUGCGUCAGUAUUCCUCUGGAGAAAUCACAAUGGAGCAUCUUAUAAAGAUCAUAGUCACAAUUACAGAGGAGAAGACUUCCUGUACAAGUACAGCAAUUGCACGCACAAAUGGUACCACAAACUUCCAUGGUAUCAGGAAAGAUGUGACUGCUGAAGAGUUGCUUAAAUGUAAAAUCAUUGAUCAGAAACAGUAUGAAGAUCUCAGGACUGGAAAAGUUACAAUCCAAAGUUUAAGUGAAAUUGACUCAGUUCAUACAUACCUACAGGGAACAAACAGCAUUGCAGGUGUAUUUCUGCAGUCCAGCAAACAGGUCCUGAGCAUCUGUGAAGCAAAAUUGAAAGGUCUCUUGACUCCAGGGACUGCUCUUGUGUUGCUGGAAGCACAGGCUGCUACUGGGUUUAUGAUCGACCCAGUGACGAACAGGAAGCUGUCUGUGGAAGAGGCAGUGACCAGCGGUCUGGUUGGUGCCGAUUUGAAGCAGAAACUUCUAUCGGCGGAAAGGGGGGUCACAGGGUACAUUGACCCCAACACAGGUGACACUAUCUCCUUGUUCCAGGCCUUACAGAAGGAGCUAAUUGUAAAGGAUCAUGGCAUUCGCCUUCUGGAAGCACAGAUUGCCACAGGAGGAAUCAUUGAUCCGGUAUUCAGCCAUCGCGUGCCUGUGGAAGUUGCCUACCAGCGAGGAUACUUUGAUGAGAAAAUGAAUCAGAUUCUCUUAGAUCCCAGCGAUGACACCAAAGGCUUCUUUGACCCCAACACUCAGGAGAACCUUACCUACUUGCAACUUGUGGAGCGAUGUGUUACUGACCCCAAAACUGGUCUUAGCUUACUAGUUAUUGUCCAAAAAGGAGAAGACUACUUCUUUUUUGAUGAAAAAACCAAAAAGCUUUUGAAGUCAACCAUCGCAACCAAAACAGAAGGAAAGACAAAUGGUCAAGGGCUGUCUGUCUGGGAAUUCCUGUAUUCCAAGCAUAUCACUGAGGAAAAAAGGAGGGAGCUAGUGCGUCAGUAUUCCUCUGGAGAAAUCACAAUGGAGCAUCUUAUAAAGAUCAUAGUCACAAUUACAGAGGAGAAGACUUCCUGUACAAGUACAGCAAUUGCACGCACAAAUGGUACCACAAACUUCCAUGGUAUCAGGAAAGAUGUGACUGCUGAAGAGUUGCUUAAAUGUAAAAUCAUUGAUCAGAAACAGUAUGAAGAUCUCAGGACUGGAAAAGUUACAAUCCAAAGUUUAAGUGAAAUUGACUCAGUUCAUACAUACCUACAGGGAACAAACAGCAUUGCAGGUGUAUUUCUGCAGUCCAGCAAACAGGUCCUGAGCAUCUGUGAAGCAAAAUUGAAAGGUCUCUUGACUCCAGGGACUGCUCUUGUGUUGCUGGAAGCACAGGCUGCUACUGGGUUUAUGAUCGACCCAGUGACGAACAGGAAGCUGUCUGUGGAAGAGGCAGUGACCAGCGGUCUGGUUGGUGCCGAUUUGAAGCAGAAACUUCUAUCGGCGGAAAGGGGGGUCACAGGGUACACUGACCCCAACACAGGUGACACCAUCUCCUUGUUCCAGGCCUUACAGAAGGAGCUAAUUGUAAAGGAUCAUGGCAUUCGCCUUCUGGAAGCACAGAUUGCCACAGGAGGAAUCAUUGAUCCGGUAUUCAGCCAUCGCGUGCCUGUGGAAGUUGCCUACCAGCGAGGAUACUUUGAUGAGAAAAUGAAUCAGAUUCUCUUAGAUCCCAGCGAUGACACCAAAGGCUUCUUUGACCCCAACACUCAGGAGAACCUUACCUACUUGCAACUUGUGGAGCGAUGUGUUACUGACCCCAAAACUGGUCUUAGCUUACUAGUUAUUGUCCAAAAAGGAGAAGACUACUUCUUUUUUGAUGAAAAAACCAAAAAGCUUUUGAAGUCAACCAUCGCAACCAAAACAGAAGGAAAGACAAAUGGUCAAGGGCUGUCUGUCUGGGAAUUCCUGUAUUCCAAGCACAUCACUGAGGAAAAAAGGAGGGAGCUAGUGCGUCAGUAUUCCUCUGGAGAAAUCACAAUGGAGCAUCUUAUAAAGAUCAUAGUCACAAUUACAGAGGAGAAGACUUCCUGUACAAGUACAGCAAUUGCACGCACAAAUGGUACCACAAACUUCCAUGGUAUCAGGAAAGAUGUGACUGCUGAAGAGUUGCUUAAAUGUAAAAUCAUUGAUCAGAAACAGUAUGAAGAUCUCAGGACUGGAAAAGUUACAAUCCAAAGUUUAAGUGAAAUUGACUCAGUUCAUACAUACCUACAGGGAACAAACAGCAUUGCAGGUGUAUUUCUGCAGUCCAGCAAACAGGUCCUGAGCAUCUGUGAAGCAAAAUUGAAAGGUCUCUUGACUCCAGGGACUGCUCUUGUGUUGCUGGAAGCACAGGCUGCUACUGGGUUUAUGAUCGACCCAGUGACGAACAGGAAGCUGUCUGUGGAAGAGGCAGUGACCAGCGGUCUGGUUGGUGCCGAUUUGAAGCAGAAACUUCUAUCGGCGGAAAGGGGGGUCACAGGGUACAUUGACCCCAACACAGGUGACACCAUCUCCUUGUUCCAGGCCUUACAGAAGGAGCUAAUUGUAAAGGAUCAUGGCAUUCGCCUUCUGGAAGCACAGAUUGCCACAGGAGGAAUCAUUGAUCCGGUAUUCAGCCAUCGCGUGCCUGUGGAAGUUGCCUACCAGCGAGGAUACUUUGAUGAGAAAAUGAAUCAGAUUCUCUUAGAUCCCAGCGAUGACACCAAAGGCUUCUUUGACCCCAACACUCAGGAGAACCUUACCUACUUGCAACUUGUGGAGCGAUGUGUUACUGACCCCAAAACUGGUCUUAGCUUACUAGUUAUUGUCCAAAAAGGAGAAGACUACUUCUUUUUUGAUGAAAAAACCAAAAAGCUUUUGAAGUCAACCAUCGCAACCAAAACAGAAGGAAAGACAAAUGGUCAAGGGCUGUCUGUCUGGGAAUUCCUGUAUUCCAAGCAUAUCACUGAGGAAAAAAGGAGGGAGCUAGUGCGUCAGUAUUCCUCUGGAGAAAUCACAAUGGAGCAUCUUAUAAAGAUCAUAGUCACAAUUACAGAGGAGAAGACUUCCUGUACAAGUACAGCAAUUGCACGCACAAAUGGUACCACAAACUUCCAUGGUAUCAGGAAAGAUGUGACUGCUGAAGAGUUGCUUAAAUGUAAAAUCAUUGAUCAGAAACAGUAUGAAGAUCUCAGGACUGGAAAAGUUACAAUCCAAAGUUUAAGUGAAAUUGACUCAGUUCAUACAUACCUACAGGGAACAAACAGCAUUGCAGGUGUAUUUCUGCAGUCCAGCAAACAGGUCCUGAGCAUCUGUGAAGCAAAAUUGAAAGGUCUCUUGACUCCAGGGACUGCUCUUGUGUUGCUGGAAGCACAGGCUGCUACUGGGUUUAUGAUCGACCCAGUGACGAACAGGAAGCUGUCUGUGGAAGAGGCAGUGACCAGCGGUCUGGUUGGUGCCGAUUUGAAGCAGAAACUUCUAUCGGCGGAAAUGGGGGUCACAGGGUACACUGACCCCAACACAGGUGACACCAUCUCCUUGUUCCAGGCCUUACAGAAGGAGCUAAUUGUAAAGGAUCAUGGCAUUCGCCUUCUGGAAGCACAGAUUGCCACAGGAGGAAUCAUUGAUCCGGUAUUCAGCCAUCGCGUGCCUGUGGAAGUUGCCUACCAGCGAGGAUACUUUGAUGAGAAAAUGAAUCAGAUUCUCUUAGAUCCCAGCGAUGACACCAAAGGCUUCUUUGACCCCAACACUCAGGAGAACCUUACCUACUUGCAACUUGUGGAGCGAUGUGUUACUGACCCCAAAACUGGUCUUAGCUUACUAGUUAUUGUCCAAAAAGGAGAAGACUACUUCUUUUUUGAUGAAAAAACCAAAAAGCUUUUGAAGUCAACCAUCGCAACCAAAACAGAAGGAAAGACAAAUGGUCAAGGGCUGUCUGUCUGGGAAUUCCUGUAUUCCAAGCACAUCACUGAGGAAAAAAGGAGGGAGCUAGUGCGUCAGUAUUCCUCUGGAGAAAUCACAAUGGAGCAUCUUAUAAAGAUCAUAGUCACAAUUACAGAGGAGAAGACUUCCUGUACAAGUACAGCAAUUGCACGCACAAAUGGUACCACAAACUUCCAUGGUAUCAGGAAAGAUGUGACUGCUGAAGAGUUGCUUAAAUGUAAAAUCAUUGAUCAGAAACAGUAUGAAGAUCUCAGGACUGGAAAAGUUACAAUCCAAAGUUUAAGUGAAAUUGACUCAGUUCAUACAUACCUACAGGGAACAAACAGCAUUGCAGGUGUAUUUCUGCAGUCCAGCAAACAGGUCCUGAGCAUCUGUGAAGCAAAAUUGAAAGGUCUCUUGACUCCAGGGACUGCUCUUGUGUUGCUGGAAGCACAGGCUGCUACUGGGUUUAUGAUCGACCCAGUGACGAACAGGAAGCUGUCUGUGGAAGAGGCAGUGACCAGCGGUCUGGUUGGUGCCGAUUUGAAGCAGAAACUUCUAUCGGCGGAAAGGGGGGUCACAGGGUACAUUGACCCCAACACAGGUGACACCAUCUCCUUGUUCCAGGCCUUACAGAAGGAGCUAAUUGUAAAGGAUCAUGGCAUUCGCCUUCUGGAAGCACAGAUUGCCACAGGAGGAAUCAUUGAUCCGGUAUUCAGCCAUCGCGUGCCUGUGGAAGUUGCCUACCAGCGAGGAUACUUUGAUGAGAAAAUGAAUCAGAUUCUCUUAGAUCCCAGCGAUGACACCAAAGGCUUCUUUGACCCCAACACUCAGGAGAACCUUACCUACUUGCAACUUGUGGAGCGAUGUGUUACUGACCCCAAAACUGGUCUUAGCUUACUAGUUAUUGUCCAAAAAGGAGAAGACUACUUCUUUUUUGAUGAAAAAACCAAAAAACUUUUGAAAUCAACCAUCGCAACCAAAACAGAAGGAAAGACAAAUGGUCAAGGGCUGUCUGUCUGGGAAUUCCUGUAUUCCAAGCACAUCACUGAGGAAAAAAGGAGGGAGCUAGUGCGUCAGUAUUCCUCUGGAGAAAUCACAAUGGAGCAUCUUAUAAAGAUCAUAGUCACAAUUACAGAGGAGAAGACUUCCUGUACAAGUACAGCAAUUGCACGCACAAAUGGUACCACAAACUUCCAUGGUAUCAGGAAAGAUGUGACUGCUGAAGAGUUGCUAAAAUGUAAAAUCAUUGAUCAGAAACAGUAUGAAGAUCUCAGGACUGGAAAAGUUACAAUCCAAAGUUUAAGUGAAAUUGACUCAGUUCAUACAUACCUACAGGGAACAAACAGCAUUGCAGGUGUAUUUCUGCAGUCCAGCAAACAGGUCCUGAGCAUCUGUGAAGCAAAAUUGAAAGGUCUCUUGACUCCAGGGACUGCUCUUGUGUUGCUGGAAGCACAGGCUGCUACUGGGUUUAUGAUCGACCCAGUGACGAACAGGAAGCUGUCUGUGGAAGAGGCAGUGACCAGCGGUCUGGUUGGUGCCGAUUUGAAGCAGAAACUUCUAUCGGCGGAAAGGGGGGUCACAGGGUACACUGACCCCAACACAGGUGACACCAUCUCCUUGUUCCAGGCCUUACAGAAGGAGCUAAUUGUAAAGGAUCAUGGCAUUCGCCUUCUGGAAGCACAGAUUGCCACAGGAGGAAUCAUUGAUCCGGUAUUCAGCCAUCGCGUGCCUGUGGAAGUUGCCUACCAGCGAGGAUACUUUGAUGAGAAAAUGAAUCAGAUUCUCUUAGAUCCCAGCGAUGACACCAAAGGCUUCUUUGACCCCAACACUCAGGAGAACCUUACCUACUUGCAACUUGUGGAGCGAUGUGUUACUGACCCCAAAACUGGUCUUAGCUUACUAGUUAUUGUCCAAAAAGGAGAAGACUACUUCUUUUUUGAUGAAAAAACCAAAAAACUUUUGAAAUCAACCAUCGCAACCAAAACAGAAGGAAAGACAAAUGGUCAAGGGCUGUCUGUCUGGGAAUUCCUGUAUUCCAAGCACAUCACUGAGGAAAAAAGGAGGGAGCUAGUGCGUCAGUAUUCCUCUGGAGAAAUCACAAUGGAGCAUCUUAUAAAGAUCAUAGUCACAAUUACAGAGGAGAAGACUUCCUGUACAAGUACAGCAAUUGCACGCACAAAUGGUACCACAAACUUCCAUGGUAUCAGGAAAGAUGUCACUGCUGAAGAGUUGCUAAAAUGUAAAAUCAUUGAUCAGAAACAGUAUGAAGAUCUCAGGACUGGAAAAGUUACAAUCCAAAGUUUAAGUGAAAUUGACUCAGUUCAUACAUACCUACAGGGAACAAACAGCAUUGCAGGUGUAUUUCUGCAGUCCAGCAAACAGGUCCUGAGCAUCUGUGAAGCAAAAUUGAAAGGUCUCUUGACUCCAGGGACUGCUCUUGUGUUGCUGGAAGCACAGGCUGCUACUGGGUUUAUGAUCGACCCAGUGAAGAACAGGAAGCUGUCUGUGGAAGAGGCUGUGAUCAGCGGUCUGGUCGGUGCCGAUUUGAAGCAGAAACUUCUAUCGGCGGAAAGGGGGGUCACAGGGUACACUGACCCCAACACAGGUGACACCAUCUCCUUGUUCCAGGCCUUACAGAAGGAGCUAAUUGUAAAGGAUCAUGGCAUUCGCCUUCUGGAAGCACAGAUUGCCACAGGAGGAAUCAUUGAUCCGGUAUUCAGCCAUCGCGUGCCUGUGGAAGUUGCCUACCAGCGAGGAUACUUUGAUGAGAAAAUGAAUCAGAUUCUCUUAGAUCCCAGCGAUGACACCAAAGGCUUCUUUGACCCCAACACUCAGGAGAACCUUACCUACCUGCAACUUGUGGACCGAUGUGUUACUGACCCCAAUACUGGUCUUUGCUUGCUUUUGCUCAAUCCAUAACUUUUAAAAUAUCAUAUAUUGCAUAUCAGUUUAAUAUCCGUUAUUUGUUCUGGAGCUGUACCAUAUCUCCUCUCAACUGUCAACCAAAAGAGUGAUCAAUGAGGAAAAUCCUGUUCCAAUUAACUCAAAAUUCCUUUCAUCACUGUGUAACUAAAUGUGUGGCUGGAGUCAAUACAACAUAUUCAAAUCCUAAAUUAACCUCCAGCUCAGACAUAGUGGUCCAGUAUAUUGUCUGCUGAAAUAUAGAAAACUCCCUCAGAAUUACCAAAAGGAACCAUUACUUCUUGGGGUGCUAUUACGAUGACAAUUUCCUUCGCAAAGUAUUCCGGCAACUGUAUAUCUCUUUUUAAUUUUUCACCUUUUUAGAGACUGUUGUUGUGACUCUCAGACUUUGAGCUGAGUCUGAUGAAUUCCUCCAUCGUCCUUACUUGCCUCCAUGUGAAUAUUUUACACUCUGGUGGUGGCAGUCAUGCACAAAGACAUCUGCUGCAUGGACGGCAGCAUUCUCCUCUCAAGAAAGACAUUUGGACAUGGCUUGUUAUUAGAAAGGAUUAUGCCCUGCAAUUUGAGUAUCUGAAUCAUGAACAUAAUGUCUAAUACCCUUAGAGUCUGUGCCUGAUCAGUGAUGUCUGCAUUAUGCUAUUUCACUGUAAAAUUCACAUUAACCCCGGUUUAAGAGUCAAAUUAAUUUGUCACAGAACAAUUUGUUUUUUAUCAUGAUUUUUAUUUUAUUAUGUUUUCUUUAAAGUUUUUAAGUGGGAAGAGGUUUGUUUGUAGAUUUCUGUCUAAAAGCUGUCUUCAGUGGUCCACACAGAGAAUCGGUGAUAUCUCUCCCUGCUUCUCUGGUAUUAAUAGGGAUCUACUGUACAAGGCUAUAACCUGAAGUCCAUAAGUUGUGUUGGCUACAUGCACUUCACAUGUAGUGUCGUUUCUCUAUACAUUGAAAUGUGCCAUUUCCGAUCUACCUAUGGUGGUACACCUACCAGGCAGAAAGCAAGGCUGUUUCCAGAGAAUGCAACAAGCAUUUCUGUAAGAGUGUCACUCCACUGAAGAUCCAAAUGCUAAACAUUAUAAUGCCUAGUCUAUGCUGUAACGCUUCACAAAUGUUUCAUAUUUUCCCCUGCUGUCAGUGCUAAUGUAUUAGCCAAUGGUUCUUUGUAAUUGUUUUACUGAGCUGUUUUCCAUUUGAGGGACAAUAAAUGGUAAAUCGUUGGCAUUUA